CUAGGCGGCGGCCCGCCGAAGGGUCUGAGGUUCGCGGCGGAACCCGGCCGGGAGCUACCCACGCCCUCCCGCAGACCCUGGUGGUCUGGUCCUCGGCGACUUAGGUCGGCUCGACUCGCGACUCCAGGACUGCAAGAUGGAAGAUGGAGGGGACCCAGGAGGCCUGAUUAAGGUGAUCCAUGUACUGGUCUUGUCAGGUGCCUGGGGCAUGCAAAUGUGGGUGACCUUCGCCUCAGGCUUCCUGCUCUUCCGAAACCUUCCUCGACAUACCUUUGGCCUCGUGCAAAGCAAGCUCUUCCCUUUCUAUUUUUACAUCUCCAUGGGCUGUGCCUUCACCAAUCUUUGCAUCUUGGCUCCUCAGCGUGCCUGGGUUCAGCUUACAUUCUGGGAGGUCACCCAGCUCUGCCUGCUACUCCUGAGCCUCACGCUGGCCACCAUCAAUGCCCGCUGGCUGGAGCCCCACACCACUGCCGCCAUGUGGGCCCUGCAGGCCAUGGAGAAGGAGCAUGGCCUGGGUGGGGAGGUGCCGGGCAGCCACCAGGGCCCUGACCCCUACCGCCAGCUGCGAGAGAAGGACCCCAAGUACAGUGCCCUCCGCCAGAGAUUCUUCCACUAUCACGGCCUGUCUUCUCUUUGCAACCUGGGCUGCCUGGUGAGCAACGGGCUCUGCCUGGCCAGCCUGGCCCUGGGCCUCAGGAGCCUGUAGCAUGGGCACUGUGUAAAUAAAUGUUUCUUUGAAAAUGA